UCAAGACAUAUGCGACAUUCAUAUUCAAAUCCGACAGUUCAAUCCACACAUUUCUCCAUCAAAUAUAACUAAUGAAAUUCUUGUGAUGAAGAAAGUCAACUGAAAAUAGUAAAGUGAGGGAAAUAGGAGAAUGGCUCCGCGAAAAACAGCACAAUUUGAGAAAAUAGUGGUACGCGCCAUUAAGACACUUCAAGACAUUCAGGGUUCAACAUCUAAGGAGAUAAGCAACUAUCUCGCGCGAGAGUAUGACGUCUCCAGUGAAGAAAUUAAGAAGCAGGUUCAUCUUGCUCUUCGUCGUGGCAUAGAUUACGGUCUUUUGAAGCGUCAGCAAGGGGGAACCUACGUAUGCAACAAGGAACUUUUUGCUCAAACUGCAAAACGAGAUGAAGAUGCUCGCGAGUGUAGUACAGCGUAUAAAAAAUUGCGGGCGUGGAGGAAGAGUCGAGGUAAAAGAGGACCGAGAGGUGGUAGGAAAUCGCGUCGCAGAGGUCGCCGAGGCAGGGGUCGCAGGCGAAAAAGGAGCGGAAGUGGAAAGAAGAGACGCGGAGGCAGACGUCGAGGAAGACGACGAUCGAGGAGACGAUCGAGGGGAAGGAAAUGAACGACUAGACGAAGCCUGUGAAAUCGGUGGAUUAGUAAAAAAAAAAUAUAUAAAUUCCAUGGACUCUGGCUUCCCGGUGCGAUCGUCCCUGGGCCACACGGCCUUGUCGGCUAAUGAUAGUCCCGCUAAUGAUGCGUUCACACACGCUCACGCAUCUACAUGCCCUAUCCAUUUAAACGCGCACGUAAAUAUAGUCAUUCCAUCCCUCAACACCCAAAAAUACUAGAAACAUUAGAAAGACACGAAUGCUUUUAUUCACCCUGAGAUAACAAUAAAUCCAUGGGAAGCAUUAUCGAGUAAAAAUUAUUAACAUAUUUUCAACUUUCCUCUUUCAGUGGAAAUGAUAUUUUUUUUUUUUCGAUGGUAUUGGUUGCAAUUAUUUUCCCCGUUGGCAAGUGACAAAAGGCUGCGCGUUAACCCGAAAAUAUCCAUCUCAUGUGCGGUAUGUCGAAAUCUGGCAUAAGUUCUGGCAUAAAGCCCAGGAGUCGUCUUGAGUUUUCUUUGGCGUUGGCCUAUCCCUGGGGGUAUUAGAGGUAAAAGGCAAAUGGUAAUGGUGGUGAUGGUGUAAAGUGCACAAGGAAACAUCAAAGUUGAACCUAAAAAAGACAAGUUGAAAAAUAAAAUUGAAAGAAAUAAGGAAUGAAUGCCAAAGUAUUGGAGACUGGUGGUGAACAUGUAGAGGUGUUUAUUCGUCUAUUUUCACAAGCCUCAUGUCCCUCGCACUCUGUCCGUCAAACAUUUUGACAUUCGUUCCAACUCAGAGGCACAAAAUCAGCAUUAAAAAUUGAGAAUUAUCACUUUGAAAAGUUCCAUGCGUGAGAGGUAAUAUUUGCGAUAAAAAUAUAUGCUCUCAGUCAUGAGAGCUGAUUUCUUUUUGCGAUUUCAUAAUGGAUGAGCAUUAACAUGAUGUGUCAUUGUUACAAUGUCCUUUGGAAUAAUUUCGCAAUGGGUUGAGCGGGUUAUCUAGCGAUGGAGAUGCUGUUAAAUUUCCAAAAAAAGUUUAUAGUGCGACAGGAAAAUUCACUGCAUCUGGUGUGAAAUAAAUUUUAAUUUUGUUAUUAGCAAUAUGUGAAGUGGAGGAACUUAUCGAUUUAAUGAACCGCGUGAAAAGUUUACAACUCUCUGUACAUUCUGACGCAAUGAAUGACCCUUGUAUGCAAAUACAAUACUUGGACAAUAUCGAGGGAUCAAGUACCUAAAUAAAGUAACGAAUUACGAAGGUGGUAUAGUGAUAACAGGCUGACAGUGAGACAGGCAGAAAUUUUUUUCAUAAAAAUUAACUAAAAACGAUCCACUGAUAUACUCAUUCACCAGUACUUGAAUCGAACAAUAAACGUACGUCAUACAUAUUUCGUUCAAUAAUCGUUAACUUCAUCAUUGUAUUUGUACCUACACUAGUGGAAAAAAGGUGAAUUUGGCUGCUGGACGAUGGGCUGGAUUGUUCACACCUUUUCGAUACUUUUUUUCCUUAUCUGGAAUAUAAAAAGACUCUCACAUACGUUCGGGUGCUCACUCUUAUCACAGACAAAAAAAACGAUAUGGCACAUAAGGCCACUAUGAGUACGUAAUAAAUUUAUUUCCGUGACGAGGGAAACGAAAAAAAAAAAUCUCACACUCAGAGGACAGAUUGAGACAAAAUGAUUUCAUCAUCCGACAUUUCCUUCAUCAUUCAGCAUUGAAAAUAUCAUAAAUCUCGUUUAUUUUAUUCCAGCUAAAAUUUCCCCGAGACUAUUUUUGUGACAAUAAAUCACCUAUUCUUCCCAGAAUGCAAGGAAAAGGCAGUUCGAUGAAAAACCAAGCGACCGAGUGAAUGUAGGAACAUUUUCUUCUGAAUCAAAAGUGCUCAUUGAAGAAUGGUCAUUGGACUUUGACUUUAUCCGUUCUAAAGUACAGAGCGUUAACGAAAAAAAAAAAAAAAAUCACUGAGACAAAAAAAAUUGUUAGGCUAGUUAAGGUCAGGUUAGACAUUCUCGAGGCGUAUCACGUGGUUUGCCACGGGGUCUCUACAGUAGUAUAAACCGAACGAGGUUAAUCUAGAGCCAGAGUGGAUUCAAGCUCAAGCCACUUUGCGCCGGCGCAAAGUUAAUCCACACACAUUAACACACGAGGUUGGGCACAUUAACUCAAUCACUCGAAAAAAAUAUUUCCCCUGCACUUUAUUCCGGAAUUGUCUCUUAACAACAACACCAGUCCCUUACCGCAAAAUUAGUGGUGAUUAUUUUUUAUUUAAAGGGCUUAAGGAACUCUCGGUGAAAUAUUUUCGUACACUCCAAAUUAAAUGUCUAUAAAUAUGAACGAAUGGCCAUACGCCGGAGAUCGUUGAUUGACUUCUGACAAUUGAGAAUUUUAUAACAGAAAAUUGUGGGAAUUUGUUGAUCAAUUCGUAGGGUCAACAGUCUCCGGAAUUCUCGGGGGAGCCGGGGACGGGAAUCGGGGGGUUUUGGAUUUUUUGAGAAUGAUGAGGGUGUGACGAAGGUGACUGAUUAUCUUCGCUAUUUGAUUAUGUUUUCCCUCAUAAUGAAAGGCGAAACGUUUACUCACCGAUUAACGGAAAAAUACUGGGCUGGUCAAGUAGCGACUUGAGGCCGUUUUCAACGAGGGUGGGAGAUGAACGGUCCUUGUCGCUCAUUUCACGCACUGCGCCACAAAACGACAACCGGAGUAUAGCCGACACAAAACACCACACACGAGGGAUUGAAUUUGAAUGAAUUACACUUUCUUUGGUUGGGGUUGAUUACUAUGGAGGGGUGGGAUUGAAUUGUUGGAAGGGUUAUGUUAUUGAAUUGUCAGGACUAUUGACUAUCAGACGGAGUUAUUUGAGCCAGUUGAUGAGCACAACCACGCGUUACACCUUAACUGAUUAAUUCUUAACAAUUAUCAGUGAAACACUGGUUUUUAGAAAACUCUUACUUAAAAUUCAACACUUGAUAGAUUACUCUUUGAGUUAAAAAUAAAUGUUAUCUCAUGAUUUUUAAUUUAUCAAAAAUUUAUGUCAACAAUUUUAUUAGCAAAUAACUUGGUAACGAGAGACACUGUUUCAAUUUCAACUGAGAAUAGGAGUGAUAAGUGAUGUUAAUAAUGCGCCGGUGCUGUGUGAGUGAGGGAUUGUUCCCCUGUUUUGCGGUGUGUAGUGUUGUUUGAUUUUUUAGAUUCGGGCGAGUUUAUUGCUAUUUUUUUAGGGGGGAAGUCGAAAAUAAUUUUGAUGUAUUUUUUUGGCCACCGGCACAGAGAUGCCCUAGAGCACACCCGACACCGGACCGCGUAUCGCUACGAGUCACUCACGGCACUCGUUGACUCUGGGGAACAUUAAAAUAACGUUGUGAGGCACAGUGUGUUCUUGAAAAUCAAUCUAUUAAAGGACAUGGCUCGUGUCGCCAUCUUAGGUUGGGGGAGAGGAAAUGUGGCCGGAGUGAAAGCCAGGGGUUAUCGGCGGUGAUGAUUGUCGGUAGAAUAGAGGUCUCCAGAAACGAGUGAAUACCGGGGAAGGAGCCACGUAGCGCUCACCCUUGGAAAUCGCGACUGCGCAUGACCAAGAUGGCGGAGAGCCACUGGUAUUGCGCGACGAGUUUGGCGCAUGUCGUUGGGAUUUUUGGGAAAAGUCGGGGUAAAACCAUCCAAGUAAUUAUUAAAACUACUCGAAUUGGCUAAUUAUCGCGGAGACGAACGAUUUGACGAUAUAUUUGGAGUGAAUAUUCGUGAAUUAUAUCGGCUAGAACGAAGUAAGAGUCAAGAAAAAUUAAUCCCGUGCGCAACGUCCCUGCGCUGAUCGAACAUGGUGGCUAGUCGCUGGCACUGAACGACGUGUUUCGGCGAUUUUCGGUGAAUAAUAACGGUAAACUCAUCCAAUUAAUUAUUACAACUGCCAUAAUUGGCUGACUAUUGUGGAGAGGAACGGUUUGACGAUAAAUUUGAGGAGAAUUUCCGUGAAUUAUAUCUGUUGGAACGAAAAAUAAAAAUUGAGGGAUAUAAAACCACAGCGCAACCAGUCCGCGCAUGUACGUCAUGGCCGUGAGUGGCACGUCUGGCACUGAACGGCGAGUUUGGCGAAAGCCGUUGGGUUUUCUACUGAAAGCCAGGAUAAAAUCAUCCGAUUAAUUAUUACAACUGCUAUAUCCGGCUAAUUACCGUGGAGAGUAACGAUUUGACGAUGGAUUUGAGGUGAAUAUUCGUGAAUUAUAUCCGAUGGAACGAAAUAAUAGUCGAGCAAAAUUAAUCUCCUGCGCAACACCCCUGCGCCGGUAGAACAAUGGCCGCUAGUCUCUGGCACUGAACGACGUGUUUGGCGAUGCUGUCCGGUUUUCGGUGAAUAAUAACGGUAAACCUCCCCAAUUAAUUAUUACAACGGCUUUAAUUCACUCAUUAUCGUGGCGAGGAACGAUUUGAGGAUAAAUUCGAGGAGAAUUUUCGUCAAUUACGUACGCUAGAACGACAUCAAAGUUGAGAAAAAUAAGUCUCGUGCGCAAUACCUCUGCGCCUGUUUAUCGGGGCGGCUGGUUUCCAAUACAAUGACGGGAUUUGACCGCUGCCCUUCGGUUUUUCGCGGAAAACGAGGUCACAAUCAAUUGAAUAAUUACAAAUAUUAUUCAAGUUAAAUAAUCAGCAUGGCGAACAACGAUAUGAUACCAAAUUUGAGGACAAUUUUCGUGGCUAACACGAGAGCAAAGUAAAAAUUAGGAAAAAUGAUGGGAUGCACAAUAUGAUUCAACAUGACAAGCCCAAUGGAAAAUGAUGUAUUUGAUGAUUCUUUUACCUAGUUUCACACGUAAAGAGAGGAAAACCAUUAAGAUAAUGGCAUGAGUAAUUAAUAAUGAUGAACUGCAAUAAUUUUAUAACGGAUGCAUCAUUUAUUUGGAGGAAUUUCGUACGGGAAAAAAUAUUGCUUUUAAUAUUUCAAAAGUUAACACGUGUUUUCUGGCCCACGCUGCAAGAUGGCGCCUGCUAUGCAAUUGCGAACACUAUAGCGAGUAUUUCAGACAUUUUCUGAUAUUAAUUGACUUUCCAAUCAACUUAACGUUAAAUCAAAAUUCAGAAAAGUUGAUUUUAAAAAUUGAGAGAGACAUGAACAAUGAAUGGACCAUCAAUAAUUUGUUUUUUUUUUUAUUCAGGUGAUGUGAGUGGUGAAGUGCAUUGAAAGUUUCGUUGUUACCGACGUGUAGUGAAAUUCCGAAGAGGGCGAAGUAUGGGCUUAAUUGUCCGAGUGUUUUAAAUUUGCCGCGCAUUUAAUUU